CUACUAUGGUUGCUGGAAAUGAAGUCCGCUCCGGGCGUGGAGGAGAACUACAGGUGAAGAAGCGGAUGCCGACUUUUCUUGUCAAGAGUUGCGUGUCGGGUUGGGGCUACUUUGCGGCGACUCUCACCGCAAUCGGGCUCUACGUGAACCGCACCCAUGUUUCACGGUUGCUGCUUCCGCCAGGUAUGAAUCUGCGAGAAAACUGGGCAUUGCCUGCGCUUGCGAUGCAGUCGUUCUUCCUCAUGCGUCUGCUGUGGAAAAAUCAAGCACAGGAAAAGAUCUGGCUCUCCGUGGACAGUGAAGAUUCACUGAGCCGUACUCGCAAGUCAACAAGUGUGAAACAGCACGGAAAAAAGCAAACUGUUGCUGUCGAGCACACUACGGGGAUGUGCAGUAUGA